UUAAACUAAAAUUAAAAAAUUCGUGAUUGAACAUUAUAACCUGCUUAAAUAAGAAAUAAGUAAUACAUUAUUAUACUUUAAAUAAAUACAUUUUAGAUAUGACACUCUUAACGCAAUUCUUUAAUUGCUCUUUAAAGAAGACUAACUCUCUUGUCAACAGCACUGCUACUAAUUUAGUUUGUGUGAGAUACGCAUCAAAGAAAGCUGGUGGCAGUACACAUAACUCACCUGGUAAUCGAAAACCAAAACAUAGAGGAUGGCGAGUACAAGAUGGACAUUAUGUUCAAGAAUCUACAAUGUUAGCUACACAACUUAGACUUAGAUUUCAUCCAGGAUUAUAUGUUGGUUUUGGUAAAAAUGGUACAUUAUAUGCUUUAGAAAAAGGAAAAGUAGUAGUUACCUGUGAAAAGAUUAAGCCAAACAUGUCUCGCUCAUGGGUUAAAAUGAACUAUGCAGGUAGAGAAAGCAGUGUUAUAUAUAAAAAAUAUUUUAAUGUUAUUCCUGAACCACAACACAAUAAAUUUGUAUUAGUUGAUACUCUUUAA